UGUCCGGUCUUGGUUAUAAUUAUGAGAAAAUAUUUGCAUAAUUGACCGUGUUUCUAAAGGAUUUUGUCGUUUUUACGUCUGCAUUGCGAACAAUAUCUUCAAUAAUUCGUGGAAGUUAUUGAAAACGUUUUAUAACCUCAGGAAUAGUUUGUGUUUGUAUUUAAAAUGUACUGCGUUUGAAUAAAACAUAAAGCAAGGACAAAAAUGCAUUAAGACACCACAAUUUUCAAUUUACAAAUGUCGCCUUUAAAAUGUGAGUGAGAUGCUGUUCACGUUCGUUCAUAGAAAACUCCUAAACAACGGGCUCAAAGGAACAUAUAAAUUAAUGCAUUAAAGAAAACGUGCCGCUAUAAACUAGUGUAAUCUUCGUCACAACUAACAUUUAGACUCUAGUGUCAGAGUGGGAGUCUCUGCUGGACUGCUUAAUCUCCCACACAGUGUGGGAAACGUCAUCUCUACAAAAGUCUGUUUAAUUCGAAAUACCUGUAUUAACUCGGAGGAAGUGGUAUUGUACGGAACAGCAGUAUGAAUGGUGCUAAUCGUGACGGAAGACGUCGAAAAGCAGCACGUGAUCUUGACAAGGUAGAAACCUGUACCAAGCUGAUAACCGACGAAUACCUGGAUAUACUGACAUACUCUAUUUAAAUGUUUAAUGAAAUACUACAACUAUUUUACAGUUUACUACACUGAGUAAGGUGACAUCGGUACUUCAGUGCCCUUAAGUAGUUACCUGUGUGGAUUAGCAAAGGAUUUAAUACCACAUCGGGUGGGUAAAAGGGAUCUUGCUUAUGGUUGACUAAGGUCAUUAGCAUCCCAUACUGUCACUGGAACGUCACGGUGAAGUCAUUUUCAUGCGGAUGUAUACAGAGAAGUGAGGUGUCGCCUUGAAUGCUGACAAGUUAUUAUGCUGGAGUAUGUCUCACCGGCAUGCACUCUGCUGUGAUAUUGUGAUUAAAACUGUUCAAAUAUGAGUUUGGAAAUCGUGGUGAAAAGUAUUAACAUUUUGGAUAUCGUUGAAAACAGCAUCGACGGUUUGGAUAUCGUGGUGAACAAUAUCAAUAAUUUGGAUUUUAAGGAAAACAGUAUUGACAGUUCGGAUAUUGUGCAAAACAGGAACAUCAGUUUGGAUAUCGUGGUAACCGGUUUCACUAGUUUGGAUAUCGUGGCAAACAACAUCAACAGUUUGGUUGUCGCGGAAAACGGCUUCUAGUAGUUUGAACUGUAGACUUUCCACAGUGUGAUAUGAUGCCGAUCAUGUCCGAGCGAAAUGACACCUUACAAAGAUUGGCAGCAUGGGACACCAGCCCUAUAGUGACCAUUCUGGACAUCAGUCUCGAUAAUCUCACCAACAGCUCAAUUUCAGAGGAGGAACUCCUUCUUGCUCGUCUGGGACCAAGGCGGAAGGAUCUGACAUCGGUUGUAUUUUUAUUGGUCAUCUAUUUGUUGAUAUUUGUAUCCGGGACGUUUGGGAAUAUCUGCACGUGCAUUGUGAUAAUUAAAAACCACUACAUGCAGACCACAACGAACUACUUCCUGUUUAGCCUGGCAGUAUCUGAUGUUCUCAUUCUGAUAUUUGGACUGCCACAAGAGGCAUAUACAAUAUGGGAGGCAUAUCCGUGGAGAUUUGGAAAGGAGUUCUGCAUAUUCAAAGCGAUGCUGUCGGAAGUGACGUCAUAUGCCUCUGUUCUGACAAUCACAGCAUUCACAGUGGAACGAUACGUCGCCAUUUGCCAUCCAUUAAAAUCCCAUAAAAUGACCGACCUGGGACUGACCAUUAAGAUCAUUAUUGGUAUCUGGAUAUUUUCCUUACUUUGUGCUAUUCCAUAUCCGAUCCACACAAGAAUAUUUUACUAUGUGAACUAUCCUGGUACGAACACGCCGAUUCCCGAUUCGUUAUCGUGCAAUAUUCCUCCGCAAUGGCAGGCGCGGAUGGGGAUAGUGUUUCAAGUGUCUUCUUUCCUUUUCUUCAUCAUCCCGAUGACACUCAUCACCGUCCUUUACAUUAUGAUCGCCGUCACACUACGUCGAACUACUCUGAACAGGGCAGGAUCGGAGGAUUCAACUCGGGGCAACGGGACAUCAUCACAUUCCAUAAAAGUAGUUCUCAGGAUGUUAGUUGCUGUCGUUGUGGCCUUCUUUGCCUGUUGGGCGCCCUACCAUGCCCAGCGGCUUAUGACACUGUAUAACACGAACUGGACACAGCUCUUACUCGAGGUCCAGAGUCAUCUCUUCUUCAUAUCAGGUAUUCUGUAUUUCGUUGGGUCGACUGUGAAUCCUAUAUUGUACAAUGUGAUGUCUAAACGGUACAGACAAGCUUUCAAGGAAACAAUUUGUUGCUGCAUUUGGAAAAAGUCUCUUAGUAAUCAAAGAACAUUUAUGAGUUACACCGGGAUACUACAAAGGACCUGUAGCAUCUCACUUCCGGAAAACGUCACCGGAUUGGAGAGGAUCCGGCUACGAAGACUCCAUAGUAGAAAAUGGUCGUUCGCGUAUAAGAAGCAUGGCUCCACCUCCUUACGACGAACAAGUAAAGUUGCUACAGGAUCAGACACUGGAACCUGUAAGUAAUGGACACAUUUCCGAUCUCUCUAAAAACGGUAACAAAGUGACGGAACAUUGUCCAACAUGUUCAGGUAACAUGUGUUCGGUGAAAAGAAACCAAAACUCUAUGGUGAGAGCAGGAACGCCUGGACAUCAGACUGAACUAUUAGAUAUGAAAAGGCCAAAGUUGUACCCGACAGCCAAGCUAAAAAAAGUCCAGAAAAUGGGUACGUGUGUAUAGCUAUUAGGAGAAACGUCCAUCUGAAUAGUGCUAUAGUAUGUGUAUGUGUUCUAUAGAAAGUGUUUACCUGUUUUCAAAUCCUUUGGAUAAACGAUGUGUGAUCUUCAAUACCGUCGACGUUAAGAUGAUGUACUCACAAUAUAUUGUAGAAUGUUGAACAUUCAACAAAAUAAAAUGUUAACUUACACAA